GCUUUACCCAGUCCUGGUGACCUCUGGCUCCCCAGCUGGCCAGGGCUGAAGAUGGGAUUGUCAGGAGCGCCAGACUCCUAGACACAGUGGGGUCAAUUUUCCCCUUAGUCACUGUCCUCUCCCCUCCCUAAUGGCUUCCCGUCGAACUGGCUGGGGGUGUUUCGGGGCUGACUCAGGGGCAUCCUCCACACCCCCGGAUUCUCUGGAAAUGGCUCAGGGUGGCGUGUUGUAUACCCCAGCCACAAGCACCCGCGGGAGGAAGGGGAGGUUGUAGCCGACCCGGGGGUGGUGGCAGGCUUGUUUCCCGCAGCGUGGCCACGGGGAGCAGGGGUGCUGGGGUCUGGGAAGGGUGCAGAGGUGGGAGAGCCAGGGCUGCCGGAAGCCUCUCCUCUUGCCUCUCCCCCAUCCCCAGCUGAGCCCUGCAGCCUGGCCCCAGGCCAGGAGCAGGCUCAGCAGGUCCCAGGGGUGUGGUGGCGACCAGUGGCAGAACCAGCCUACACCGGCCAGGCUGUCAGCAGAGGCCGCACAGUCCCUCAGGAACGUCGGGGCUCACACAGCGGGAGCCCCGGAGAGGCAGCGUGGCCAUGAGCCCCGUGCUGUACUAUGCACUGCCUGCCCUGGGCAGCUAUGUCAUGCUCUCCGUCUUCUUCCUGCGCCGGCCUCGCCUGCUGCACACGCCCUGGGCGCCAGCCUUCCUGCCGCGCCUGGGGGCCCACCGGGCAGGAUCCGGGGAGCGGCUGGAACACACCAUGGAGGCCAUGGAGAACUCCGUGGCCCAGCGAUCCGACUUCCUGGAGCUCGACUGCCGGCUGACCCGGGAUGGCGUGGUGGUGGUGUCCCACGACGAGAACCUGUCUCGCCUGUCAGGCGUGAACAGGGAUGUGAGCAGCCUGGACUUUGAGGAGCUGCCCCUCUGCAAAGAGGAGCUGGAGGUUUACUUCUCACCAGGCCACUUUGCACACGGGACAGACCGGCGCAUGGUGAGCCUGGAGGACGUGUUCCGGAGGUUCCCUCGGAUGCCCGUGAGUGUGGAGGUCAAAUCAGUAAACGAAGAGCUCAUUAACAAGGUAGCAGGCCUGGUGAGGCACUUUGACCGCAAUGAAAUCACCAUCUGGGCCUCAGAGAAGAGCUCAAUCAUGAAGAAGUGCAGGGCUGCCAACCCCGAGAUGCCGUUCGCCUUCACGAUAAGCCGAGGAUUGUGGUUGGUGCUGCUCUAUUAUGUGGGGUUGCUGCCCUUUGUCCACAUCCCCGAGAGGUUUUUCAUCUGCUUCCUGCCCACCACCAUCAACAGGACCUACUUCCCAUUUUCCUGCUCUGGGCUGAACAAGCUGGCAGCUGUGGUUUCCAAAUGGUUAAUCAUGAGGAAGAGUCUGAUCCAACACCUGGAACAGCGAGGAGUGCAGGUGAUCUUUUGGUGCCUCAACGAAGAGUCGGAUUUUGAAGCAGCCUACGGCCUGGGGGCCACCGGCGUCAUAACUGAUUACCCUACAAUCCUGAGGCGCUACCUGGACAACCGUGGAGGAGCUGCUCGGGUCUUCUGAAAGCCCGGAGGCCCUCACCCUCUCCUCUAUGUCUCUUCCCCAAUAAACAUCUUCUUUUGAGUCACA